AUGGUAACACAUUGUAAGUUUACUAUCUGUUUCGUUUCUGCUGUUUCAAAUUUGCGAUUUCUACAUUAUCAGUCACCGCUUAUUUUCCAAACAGGCGUGCUAAUAACGUUGGUCAUUUUUUAUUUACUUAAAAUUGUAGUCGACGCCGAUGAAAUCCGGCGACUCGGGAAGCGCUUUCGAAAACUCGAUCUGGACAAAUCGGGCGCUCUUUCCGUUGAGGAGUUCAUGUCGCUUCCAGAACUGCAACAAAACCCUUUAGUUCAAAGAGUUAUCGAUAUCUUCGACACUGAUGGGAACGGCGAGGUGGACUUUAAAGGUUAGAAUUUUAUUUAUAGCUUUGUGACUGUUUUAUUAUUGAAUAUUGCAUCUAUCAAUGGACUGAUCAGGCAUCAUGAAAAUAUGCGGCAUAAUUUCGCGCCUAUUUUGGUUUGCGAUUAUGCAGCAGAUCGAUACUUCUUUCAGCAUCUUUUCCUCUUGACAAUUCAGUUCUCAGUGGAAGGGCUUACUAAAGCCCUAAAUUCUAUUCGCCGUUUUAAAAAUGGUUACCCCAAUUACUGCGAUCCUGUGCUUUAAACGCCUAAUUGAAAAUAUGUCACGUUAUCUACCAUCAAACAAAACACCCCACCAACUUUGAAACUGAGUUUAGCUUGUCAGUUUUUCUACCGGAUCCGUUUGUUAUGCAUAAGAAAUCGUUUUUCUUAUUCUUUUAACUGAUUAACGGAGAGAGAGCUACAUUAUAUAUCAUUUGCAACAACAAGGACAAAUUAAAAAUUUUCUUUGUUCAUGGCGAAAACAAUUUUUAACUACCCUUGCCGGGUUCACCUGUUCCCAAACGGAUUUUGGAAGAAUAAAUUCUAGGGUUUAUUCUAAUUGAAGAGAAAUUGGUUUCCAAUUAUGAUGGUCCAGCCCUUAUGGAUUUGGCCUGUGUGUGUGACCUUAGUAUGAGUGCAGCUUUUACCAAGAACAGGUGUUGUCAUCGGCUAUUUGCUCAGUCCAAGAAUAUCGUAAUUUCUCAACAUUUACUUUAUUCGUGCUUGAAAAGUCGGUCAAAGUUAUUCUUAAAACUUUGUGUGCGGCUCAAAAAAUGGCGUAGUACCGUGAUUAGUGUUGUUUACUUGUUGAUAAUUUGCAUUUUGUGUACAUGCUAAAAUCGUUCAGGAACCAGUUAAUUUUAGAGCAAUUUCAAGAGAGCAGAAGUUUCUCCCCACGUAGGCGCUUUUUGUAUUGCUAUAAGAGGAAGGGAAAUUGAACCUCACAGGAUAUUUUAGUACAUGUAACCGAAUUUGAAUUUUGACAGCUGUAAGCCUUGGUUCAAAUGUGUUGAAAGUACAUUAUGUUAUUUAACCUUUAAAAUGGUACAUCGUGAAUUGUUAUUCGUGCAGCAUGUGACACUUCGGAAGAUGCGGAAUAACAUAUUGAAAUACAGUAUACAACAUUCACAAAUUUUUGGUGAUUAGCUCCCCAAGGCGAAUUAAUGUUUUAUUUUCACAAGAAAAAGUCGUAAAAUUUUUUGUUAUAAGUGACUUUUUUGGCAGAUGUUAGAAGUUGCUAGAGCUUUACAGGUAGUUGAUCCAAGUAGUGUGCAAAAUUCUGCUUUUAGGAAAUGUUGAGGGGUUUAGUUUACAUUGAAGUCAGCUUGAAAACGUUUUUAAGAGAUACAUUUCCUCUGUCAGCAUAGCACUUAAACACUUUUAACCAGAACAGCAGUGUUAACCAUAUGGUUUGAAAUGCAUUGAUUAAAAGAAAAUUUUAAUAACACAUUGCUGCUUCUGUCCAGCAAAUGUUGAAAAGUGUACAGAGCGGGAUACCUUGGCCAUCUGAAUAAAAAACAAUCAGAAAGGUUUUCGAUCCAGAGGAGCAAAACAAGCAAGAUUGUUAGAAAUUUGUUUUUAAGUUGAUUGCAGUACCACUCAAAUAUAUGUUGAUAGUCUCGACUCAAUCCUUGAAACUCAAUUUUCACAUUUCAAAGUAUGAAUGACUUUUAUGUUAAGACACCACAAUCAAGUCUCUGGUUUGUCAGGUCUGAGGUCCCCUGUAUUAAGACCCUUUUCGGGUAAAAUUCCAACAGGUGACUUGGCCUUCAAACAUGGACAUGGCUUACUCCUCAAAAUACAACAUGACUGUAUUUGAAAUUCAGACCAGGGACUUACAUAGCCCCACUCCCUCCCGCCCCACCCCUACAAGAGGACCUCUGGAUUUUCAGUCACCCUUAACUUGUUCUCUGUGGUACAGCGUAUGCAUUUCAGCAUCUGAUCUUAAACAGAAGCCUUGUAGAUAGCCCUGUACUGACUCUAUUAACAGUGCUGUCUGUUGUAGCUAUUAUAUUGCAGAGAACAGUUUAAGUGUCUUAGAUUAAAAGCAUAAUAUUAGUGCUUGCGGGCACACACACAGACUUCACUUCUGGUCUUUAUGUUACGCUACAGUUACCUCAUCUGUUUUUAGAGUCUGGCUAUACUAAUCUUUAGACUUUCAAAAAAAUCUUGGACUCAUACCAACAUAGGUCACUGCAUUUCUCAUCACAAAAUGACUGCAGAUGUUAAUUUUUUUUAUUUACAUUUUUUUAAUUUAGUCUCAUAGUUAAUUUGUGAAAUUAGUCAGCUUACUUUAAUCAUUACUUAAUUUAUAUUUUUAUUUAUUUGUUAUUAUUUCUAUUAAUUUUAAUGUAAUUUAAUUCAUUUAUUGUUAUUUAUUAUUGCAAACCUAAUUUUGGUGUGGUGUAUUGAAAUAACCAUUGUUGUUAUGUAAGAUAUUUCUAUCCAACCACAAAGCACUCAGAAAUACAUUAACCAAACCGAUCCCUAACUCCUUUCAAGAAUUUUGUGUAAACCCGUCACCAUAGUGAGUGAUCCAAGAAAUUAAUUCGUUUUCCUCAUUAGUUUGCUGCCUAACAAUCUUCACAAUAUAAGUCACAUUUUGAAACCUUUUGCGGGACUACUAAAUCAACACUGAGAUCAGGCUACAAUAUUUUGAACAGUAUCACCAAAAAGGGCUGUCUUUACAUGAAAAUCCAUGUUCUAUUUUCAAAGGCAAAGUUACUCUACUGAAGCUAUUUACUUAAUUUGCCUCCUGCCACUUACACAAGGGAUGGAAAAAGAUUGAAGCAAAAUGUUGUCAAAUAUGUUUCAAAGCGUUACUAUGGAUUAUUCUUCAUGCUACAGAGUAACGAUUAAAAGACAAAUUUGCAUGAAAAAAUAAUAGAGCAAAGUCAGUAGGUUUUCUUUAUUUAUUCACCUUGAUUUCCUAACGAUAUUGACACCUUGGCAUGCUUUCAAGUGGGGAAUAAUCAGGAUAUCCUUUCUGGUUAUAAAUUAUUAAAAGCUUUACAAUGGAGGGAUAUCUUAUUUUAGGCUCAAAGCAAUAUUUCUGGUCCCUGCUGUUGUUGUUAAUUGGACAAUUUUGAUUAAUUUUCUGUGCAUGGUCCUCUUUUCUCAGCAUUUAUAUGCAACUUAUUUCAUUGACAGGCAGAUCUAGUUUUAUUAGUUUUCUGCAUGAAAUAAAAUGCAAGAGCCAACCAUCUGGUUUUUUUAUACUGUUUGUCAAGGAAAUGCAUUGAUGUUUUGUUUGUAGAUGUAAAAUGUAAUUUUACGCAGUCAUGCUGUGCCUCCGGCAAGAGUUUUAUUUUGUCUAGUAAUACCUAAAGGUAUCACACAGUGUAUUUAUAUGACUUCCCAAAUCACAGGAACAUUGAACAGUAAAUAUGUUACUCCUUGUCAAGGCAUUUUGCAUUAAAUUACCGUAUGCUCAUGAAAUGGAGAGGAAUAACAUUUAAUUUUACAGUUGAACACAUGUAUUCAGCUUUUCUGGACUACAUGCAUGUAAAGUACAUGGCAUGUAUUAAAAGCUACAGAGAUCUGAAAUUUCAUAUUCACACUCAGAUAAAUAUUCACAUUUCCUUUCAAACAGAGGUUGUCUAAUGACCUACUGUAGUCUGUUACCUGGCACCUGCAUAAUUAUUUAUUUUUUUUGGUAUUUUUUUGCUGUCUCUGACCUUGCUUUUGGGUAGAGUCUAUCAGUCUAAGCUUUAUUGUGCAAAUGCAUAUAGAUAAUAAACUUUCAUUAAAUGAAGUUUAGCCCUAGCUCUCAAGAGUAAUGAUGGGGAGUAGCUUCAAAACAUGAGUGUGUUGUAUAGAAUAAACCAUUGUUCAAGAUCAUACGUGUCGAUGUUCAAAUAAAAUCAGCGAAAAAAUUUCUUGCAAAAACAACUACAUUAAAUUUGUCUUUUUUAAAGAACUUCUCAAACUUGUUUUUAGGUUUAAAUUUUAUUCAAAAGUAGACAUUAUUUUAAGUGAUUUUUUUUACUGAACUUUCUGAUAAUGUUUUAUUAAUCAUGAAAGUAGCCUAUGUACAAAAUUGAUUGUUGUUUAUUGCUGUCUGUAGAAUUUAUAGAAGGAGUUUCACAGUUCAGUGUAAAAGGUGACAAAGAAUCAAAGCUUAAAUGUAAGUACACUUUAGUUCAAAAGACAGAAAUACAUCAGUGUUUAUGAGGAUUUUGUUAUAACUAUGUUUAAUGUACCCUUAAAACCUACCAUGAUUAUAGUAAUUAUCUGAGACCUCCAAUACCGAUUAUCUGAGAGCACUCAAAUAAUUAAGGUACCCUAAUUUGCAUUAUUACAGUAUAACCUGAACAAAACAAGCAAGGUUAGGUAUAAAGUGAAGACUUAUGCUCUACCAGUGACCCUUCAGGUUACUUUCUCGGAACUGUCAAUAUUUUAAUUACUUACAGCUGCACAAGAAGGCCUCCCAGAGUUUCAAAUUUUCAGAGCUUUGAGUACCCAACAUGUUUUCUUUGAGUGCAGCCUUGUUUGUACAAUAUAUUGUACACUGUAUUUGUCACAUCUCCUGGUGAAUUGAACUGGCGCCAUGCAGUAGGUGGAGUCUCAAAUGUUUGUCUAAAUCAGUUGGAGAAGUAGGAGGGUUAAAAAAUGGGGUGUAAUAUUAUCAUUGGGUACUAAUCAUAAAUAAAUAGAUAAGUACUUCAUUAUCCACUACCCUUAUGGGGCUUUUCAGGGAUAAUAAAACAAUAAUUCAAAUAGAACAUAAUAUAUGUAAUAAUCCCAACUGUUACAAGCAUGGCUGAGGAUUUGAACUCGGGACGAACCAAGAACAAAUCUACCAAGUGGCCAGAGAGGGAAUCAAACCCGGGACCGGUGGAUUGUGAGUCCAAUGCAUUGACCACUCAGCCACACUGCCUCCUCAAAAGAGUUUAGGGCUGGGGGAUACUUCUUGAACCCCAUGACUUUGUGCCAGUCACGAUGGUGUUGUCUGUCUUGUAGAGAGUUUUUUGUAAUUAUUGUUCCAUGUUUUUAGUUGCCUUUAGGAUAUAUGAUAUGGAUAAUGAUGGUUUCAUAUCAAAUGGAGAACUUUUCCAAGUUCUUAAGAUGAUGGUAGGAAACAACCUCAAAGAAACACAACUUCAACAAAUUGUGGAUAAGACAGUAAUAAAUGCAGACAAGGAUGGCGAUGGAAAAAUCUCUUUUAGUGAAUUUUGUGCUGUAAGUUUAACUCCGCACAUUCCUACAGUAACACUUCAAUGUUGCUAAUGCUUUUCAUCUAAUCAGAUAUAUGUACACACUCUACAUGUACAUACAUACAUUUGCUAUUUGCAUCACAUAUAUGCACAAUAAUUUAUAUAGUCAGCAAAAAUGCAUUGAGAAACUUAGAAGAAUGAUUGUAGGAAAUCUCGAAGAAUAAUAGCAACAAUAAUUUUAAAAUCAAAGAAAAAACAGAAUUUUAGAAGAAAUUUGCAUUAUGGGAACAUUAGUUAAAUGUUGGGAUCUGUGUACAGGGAGUUUUAGUGUUGAAAAAAUGGAGUUUUGCUUACAUAAGAGGCUUCCCUGUCGUCAAAAGUUGAGCUCCCUCUAUUCCACCCCUGCCACGCCCCACCUCAUUAACAGCAAUUCUUGAUAAUUUUUUACAGGUUGUUGGUAAUAUGGAUGUUCAUAAAAAGAUGGUGGUGGACGUCUAACAGGACCUAAAUGAACAAAGUCUUUGAACUAUUUAUUAUUCUUAUUUCCAACCCAAGACAUUUUUUAACAAAAAUAGAGCAAUAUUCAUAAUCUGAAACUCUGCUUUUGCUGUGGACCAGGAUAUGUUUCGGAUAUCACUUUGCUCUGUAAAGCAAGAUGAUUGCCAAAGGAUUGUCUUACAUGUCAUAGAGCUGCAAGGUACUUAGAUGUCAGAAAUAAAAAAGACUUGAGAUAAUAAUAGAUGCGUUAACAACGGUUGCGAUGGCAAUAGACCUGAUUUACUUUGCAUGCUUAUUGCCCAUCACAAAUCACAUUAAAUUCUUAUAAAGAUUACUUACUUCAUCCUUUAAAAUAGGACAUGCAUUCAAGCUUGCAUGUAACUUUGAUUAAUUUUCAAAGAGGUAGUUGCCUACAGUGUAGAACACCAUGUUGUAAUCUGAAAUAAGACGAUAAGCCAAAGCAGAUGAGGUCUAUUAGUCUGGCCAUUAACAUGCAAUGAAAAGUAGCUAGGGUUUAUAAUGGGAUUUAGUAAUCUUGAACUAGGUCUUGGACUUUUUAGAAAUGUAACUCUUUUGCUUCCAGAGUCCAUCAUCAAUAGAUGUAUUGAGGUUUCAAGUUGAGUUUGUAGAGAAAAUCGUAUGGUUUUACCAUUCAGAAUUCAGAUUAAACCUCUUACAGUGAAAUCUGUUGUACUUUAGCCAAUCAACAAAGUUUUCCAAAUCAUUUUCAAAUUUUUUGCACAAUUGCAAAUUGAAAAGCAAUUAAAUAUCAAGCUGAUGUGAAGGUGAAGACAUGCAUUUGAAAGGUUUUGUUUAAGAUUGUAUGAAAUCUUGUAUUUUGUUGGAUUUGAUUGGUCUUAUAUUACAUGAAACUCACCAUAGCUUUGUAAAGCAAGUGUUAAAAAAAGAUGUCAACUUUGUUGAUUGGCAAUAGUGAAAGAAUCUUUGCUGUGAGUAUCAUUGUUUUCACAUGGUACAGUCUGUACUAUGUGGUAGUUAUCAUGUUUACAUUUCAGAAGAUAAUUUUGCAUUAUUCUAGAUUUUCAGCUCUUUUGGAAGCAAAAUGGUUAGGUAAUUAAUUAUUGUUGAAACAUGUCUGCAAAGGCCUGUUUGCUUUUAACAUUUUUUUGGUUUGGUUAGUCGACUGCAUCUUGUUAAUACAGAAAAACCUGUAUAAAGGAGGCACUCUCAAGAAACUCAGUAAAUCACACCCUUAAUUUACCUCUGUUCUUAAAUUACUUCAAAUGUGGGCACUCUGUUUAUGCAAGGUACUUUGGACCAUGCAAAAUUUACUGCUGAUAAAUACAUGUACAUCCCAAGCAACCUGAAACACAUCCAUAGCUUCUUGGGUACAUUUUUCCUUUUUCUCCUAAAACAUUGCUCUUAACCAAAUAACCUACAUUCAUACUGUGAUGGAUCCUAGGGAGUCAGUGCUAUCCAGACCAUCUUCCCCACUGACUCACCCUACAAACCAGAAGAUGUUUUUACAAGGUAACUGUGUAUCACAGCAUUUUACAACUGACACUGUUACUGCUGAAAGAUCAGAUGCAACUUUCUCCUGUUAUGUUGACCAUGAAACUUACAUUACAUUGCACCUCGCUACUUGGGUUGUUCAACUCCUUGUGGACUAAACAGUCGUUACUCUUAACCAACAAAACGUUUGCUCCUUUCAUAACAAGGCAAAUGCUCUGUCGCCAACCUCCGUCUGGUGUGUAAUUCAAAGAAAUGGAGGAAAGUUUAAAAGUUGAAAAACAGAUUCAUCAAUGUACACAUUCCCCUUCCACCACCUCACCAAAAAUACCUGGACCUGCCCUUGUAAUGGUUAGCAUGUGCCAUGUUUUGAUCCUAGACUACAUGUUCCUGUAUGCUGUGGUUUUUUAUUUGUCUCUCUCUUAGAAAUUUGUUGCUCUAGAAAUUUGACUACCUGGGUCCUAAAAGUAAGCCUCCCUUUAAAUGAUUAGGAACUUGUGGAAUUUAUCUUAAAAAUCUUGGUCACAAAUGAAAAAUGUGUUAUUCAUAUUAAUAAGAGGUAAAUAAUGGGAUAGAGAAACUCCCUUAUGCUAAUUUACAUAUUAAAUGUGCUAGCCUAGGUUGUUGUUGUUUCAUUCUUUAUACCUGAAAAUUUUACUCAUGUUUGAAUUUUUACUUGCUAUCUCUACUUUUGCACCCCCACCCCCCAGCCCCCCACCAUCACCCAUUGAUUCCCGAUAAUGACAAAAGUGAAAAGAAUUAGGAGUGAAAUUGUUUUGAAUCAAAUUCAAAGAACAAAAGAUUUAACUUUUUUCCUGAAAAUCCUCUUCCUGUUACACGCUCUUGUGCAGCUCUUUGAGAGAUUCUACUCUUUGAAACUAGGGUAAAAUGGGCUGCUGGCGAGGCAUUGUGCUUCACAUCAACAUUAACUUUUAGCUUUUCAUAACCUGUUUGCUACUUUCACUACAUCCGAACUAAAAAAACAUGGAAACUUCUAGAAUAUUACAUUUUUGUCGAAAGAAGGUUAAGGUGGCCUUUCAUGAUUUUUUUUUUCAAGAAGAAAUUUAAAAUUCUGUUUAUCUUAUUUCAAUAUAGUCGAGGAAAAGGGGAACGUGCGAUUACCAUUGAGACAUGUAUUAAGAAACUUACGAGACAGAGAAAGUCUCCCAAGCAAUAAUAUUAUCGAUAUACAAAUUGAGAUCAACCUCACCUCUCUCCCUGUUCAAAAUGGUAGUUUCUUGCACGUGAAAGAUAAUAAGCACAGUUAGCACCAAGUUCACUUUUAUCAGUUCCAAAUUGCCCUUUAAACAAGAGAAGCCCCUUUGAUGUGGAUCAAUUUAGGAAGUAUUUAAAACCAUUUUACUUAAUCCUGUCAAGACGAAAGGCCUUGGACAACACAAGAAAAAGAAAAGAGCAAACGACGCGGUGUGGAUAAUGCCCAUUCUUUUCCAAAUCCACCAUUUGACAACGUUCUUAAUACGGCUUUGAUUUAAGGCAAUCGCAUCUUUCUUUUUUCCUCCCUUUUUCGCAGUUUUCACGAAGAUGAGUGUUUUUUUCAAAAUUGAAUUCUCACUGGAAAAAAUUGGUAGUUUAUUAACUUAAGUGUUUUCUUGAAAGCACCCAGGCUUGUAAGCUGUAGAUCAGCAUUGAUUUUAAUUUCGUAGAUUAAUGGCAAGGCUUAAUAGUGGCAAAUUUGGCAUUUUUUACGCAUUUCUUUAAUAUGUAAAUAGUGAGCUAGAGAGUAAACGCAUUGCAGUUCGUUGUAACUUGCUUCUGUUAGAAGGCUGGUUGCUUUCACAGAUAAACUGUAGAAAGUAUUUACUAGGAUUUUGUAUUAUUAUCGUGAAAGUGGCAAAGCAGAGUUUGCUCUCUUUAAAGUUGUUGGAAAUAUUAUACCUGGUUGAAGUUGUUUUAAUGUUGUAUUUAAUUAAAUGGCAUAAUUCUCAAUUAAGGUAACAAUAGUCUCACUCAAUUUUAUUCUCUGUAAAUAUACUGGAAUAAUUUGAUUAGCUGUGUUAUUCAAUUUCUAGCUGAACCCCUUUUAUCUGCAAAUAAAC